AUCGAAACAGCAUCGCCUUCAGCUAUGAAUAUUUACGAUAGCGAAUUUGGUACCUAUAUCGGAGAAUUAACAAAUCCAUCUAACGCAAACGUUAAAGGAAAAGUUUAUGUAAUUAAUGAAACUGCCAUACAAAUUAUUAAUUUCACGUAUAUCUAUCAAAAUUCAGACGCCUAUUUUUGGUUAGAUCGUUCCGAGAUUCCGACUCACAGUGGCAUAAAAGUACCAACUUUUGAAUUCGGUGUUGCGCCACUAGGGAACUAUGAAAAUGUGAAGCGAGUUGUUCUGAUAUUACCAGGAUUAUACAAAAUUAGCGCUUUUAAAAGUUUAUCUAUAUACUCUCAUAAAAAUGAACAAAAUUUUGGCACUAUAAUAAUACCAGAAAAUAUCCUUGAACCAAAGGCUCAAUUUCUGGGUAACGAAUUAAAAGGCAGCAGAUAUAACGUGGGUUCAGGACCAAUAUUAGUAAUGAAUAGAAGAACCAUAAAAAUAUUUGGAUUCACUUUUGAUGGUGACAAAGCUCCAGAUGGAUAUUUCUUCGUUGGCCGCGGUCCAAAUGUUGCAUAUGAUGCUGGAAUUAAAGUACCAAUUCGUGGUCGUGAUACUCCUGAAAUGAUCACAGCAAUGAAUGAACGUUACCGUGGUGGUAAGGAUAUAAUAUUGGACUUGCCAGAAGAAUAUGACAUAAACCACAUCGAUUGGCUAUCGAUAUAUUGUUAUAAAUUUCGAGUGGACUUUGGUCAUAUACCUAUAAGCAAUAUAUCGCAGAGAAUACCACCAUAUGUGCCAUCACAAAAUCAGUUCACUGAAAAAAUCGACGGAUGGCCUAUAAUAUCAUUAUUAGGAACAGAGAGUCGCCGAAACUUCAGUUUUCAACUUGGUCCACCAGGCGGUAAAAAAGGAUACGAAUUCAUGGCUCGAACACAUCCAGGAAAAUAUGUUUGGUAUGUAAAUGGAUAUAUGGCCGACAUUUAUCUCAGACGUGGUGUUACAUAUACGUUUAUCAUAGAGGGUGGCGAUGAUAAAUCUGAUCUGGAUUUUUAUAAUCCACUAUAUAUUGCGGAUGAUCCUUUUGGUGGUUAUGCAAAAUUAUCGGCUGACGAGAAGGAGCAAAUUAAAAUAACGGCUGGUCAAAAUCCGAAUCAAACGACCGGUCGUUUAUGUUUAUGGUCGCAAAAAGACGAAAAUGAUGAUCCAGAUAGAUAUGCAAAUUUUUUCGAAUACAGAAAAACUUUAAAUUUAAAAUGCUCGUCGACAUCGCAAUCUGCUUUACUACAAUUCACACCUACUGAUAAAACACCGGAUAUAUUAUUCUAUCAGAAGAAUAAACCUGUCAUUGAAAAUGAAAUGUUGGUGGCCUUUGGAGAGCACUUAUGUCCUGGUCAAAGUUAUUCUUCAUACAAUAUGGGUUGGAAAAUUCAUAUAGUUAAUGAAUUACCGACUGAAAUCGCUGAUUUUCAAGAGGAGCCAUUUCAAUUCGAAGUUUGGCUGCAACAACAAAGCUUAUUGGGAUCACCUGAAGAAUCACUUUCAAGCUCAUCCAGGAUUUUUGUCAAUCUAUUUUAUUUAUUCUUGUAUUUUUUUGUCUUAAUUUCUUCUUAUUUGUAA